UGGGGAAUCGGAGGCUGCAGGCACAUUGUUGACGAUACGGAUGUCGGGGGCGGUUGUGGCUUGUCACCCAGAAGUGUACGCCCUGCACUCAACAGCAAGACCUGCAUCGAGAGAGAUGAGGCUGCAAUUGAGAGCUCUGAGUUCAAUGCCACGUCAAUAGCUGAUGUGGACAAGCGGGUGAAACGGCGGCUUCUUAUGGAAACCUGUGCGGUGAACAAUGGCGGCUGUGACCGGACGUGCAAGGACACGGCUACAGGGGUACGCUGCAGCUGCCCCGUGGGAUUCACCCUGCAGCCAGACGGCAAGACCUGCAAAGACAUAGAUGAAUGCCAGGAGGCGUUCAAUAACGGCGGCUGUGACCAUUUCUGCAAAAACACGGUGGGCUCCUUUGAGUGCAGCUGCCAGAAGGGCCACAAGCUCCUCACUGACGAGCGCACCUGCCAGGAUAUUGACGAGUGUUCCUUYGAGAGGACCUGCGACCACACCUGCGUCAACUACCCUGGCAGCUUCGACUGUGUCUGUCAGGAAGGAUACACUCUGUACGGCCUCACACACUGCGGAGACAUAGAUGAGUGCAGCAUUAACAACGGGAGCUGUGAGCACAGCUGUGUGAACACACAGGGAGGCUAUGAGUGUCUGUGUCCGCCCGGUCAGAAACUCCACUGGAACAAGAAGGACUGCACCGAGGCGGUGAAGUGUUUGCCCAAUGGGAAGCCAGCGCCGCGCGCCCAGCUCAGCUGUGACAAGAGAGGCGGGGUGGAGGUGUGCUCACUCUCCUGUCCUUCUAACGCACUCUUCCUCGCAGACUCUGARAACAGCUACACACUAAGCUGUGGUGUGCCGGUGCAACCUGKGAAGGCACCACAGAAGAGGAACGCCACCACCGCCCUGCUCACCUGUGCAGAUACGUUACCCCCGCCCAUCAAGCAGAAGGCCCGCUUCAAGGUCAAAGAUGCCAAGUGUCACCUGAGACCCAGGAACAAGGAAAAACACAGAGAGACGUCCAAGCCGAGCCUGCAAGGGGGUCCGCUCCCGUGUACUGACGACUGCCAGGUGACCUUUGUCAAUCUGAAGUGUGACUCGUCUAAGAAGCGGCGGCGUGGACGCAAGUCCCCUUCCAAAGAGGUUUCCCACAUCACAGCUGAGUUUGAGAUGGAGAUGAAGGAAGCCUCAGGUCAGUGUGACUGUGCAACCUCAGGCCAGUGUCCGCUGGUCAUUAUUCGUCAGAUGUUUCCGUCCUGUAACCCCUUCCUCUGCGGUCCUUCCAGCCGAGCCUGGCCGGCGUACUCUGCUUCUCCUGUGGAGGUGCCUCAUGACCAAGUACAGGGCUCGUCCCUUCAGGCUGUGAAGGCCAGAAGAGGACACCACUACAACUCCAGUAACCACCGCUGUAUCCGCUGCCCAGCCGGUACCUACCAGUCAGAGUUUGGACAGAACUACUGCAUCACCUGCCCUGGCAACACCACCACCGACUUUGACGGAGCCACCAACGUCUCUCACUGCAAGAACCAGGUGUGUGGGGGUGAGCUGGGRGACUUCACAGGCUUUAUUGAGUCUCCUAACUACCCCGGGGACUACCCGUCCAAUGUAGACUGUAUCUGGACCAUCAACCCCCCCCACAAGAGACGCAUCCUCAUCGUGGUGCCUGAGAUCUUCCUCCCCAUCGAAGACGAGUGUGGAGAYGUGCUYGUCAUGAGRAAGAGUGCCCUGCCCACCUCCAUCACCACCUAUGAGACGUGUCAGACGUACGAGCGRCCAAUCGCCUUCACCUCCCGCUCACGCAAGCUCUGGAUCCAGUUCAAGUCCAAUGAGGGCAACAGUGGCAAGGGCUUCCAAGUCCCCUAUGUCACCUAUGAUGCUUCGAGAGACUACCAGCAGCUGAUAGAGGACAUUGCGGACGGCAGACUCUACGCAUCAGAGAAUCACCAAGAGAUACUGAAAGAUAAAAAACUGAUCAAAGCCCUGUUUGAUGUUCUGGCUCACCCAAACUACUUCAGGUACACGGCACAGGAGUCCAAAGACAUGUUCCCCCGCUCGUUCAUCAAGCUGCUGCGCUCCAAAGUCACACGUUCCUACGGCCGUUACAAAUAAACUGCUCCGCCCCUGUUUGUUACCCAGACGCUUACCCCUUAUGCUUAUCCAACGCCCCUCUUUCCACCAUCUACUCCUCCCUACUCUUCACCUACGUCCUUACCCCUUAUGCUUAUCCAA